UUUUCGUUAAGUUAUAAAUCCGUAUCAUUUGAUUUUGAUCCUCAAUUUUUCCGACGCUAUCUCCAAUAACAUGAAGGAUUUGUCAUAUCUUCCAGACGGGUUUAGUUUAGUCUUACAACACCAUAUCAGUUCAAUGGAAUAAUUUAUCAGCCAAAUAUCCAACGAAAUUUAUUAUGACUAUUUUUGAACCCAAAAAUAUAAUAUCCAAACUCUUUUAUAACAACCAAACAAGUUAUAUCAUAACCUCACUGAAUAAACUUUUGAUUUACAUUCUCUUUGACAACAACAUCCAGUAUUGUCUUGACAACUGUCAACCCAUUAGUGAAGUCAAGUAAUGCUCUAUGUUAACUGCUAGUGAUAAUGUCGAAAAAAGAAAAUGAACCGAAGUCAUUUGCUUUGUCUCAAAAAGCAGCAAAUGCACAACCUAAACCGGCGACCAAAAUACCGCCGCUACCACCUUCUAUACCGACCACAUCAAGAGGAGCGGGAAGUGUCGAUGGCAUUACAGUAAAAAAGAAGUUUAAAGAUCACUUCUACGACGAGGAAACGAAACAGUGCUGUGGAAGAACCGGCGGAGGUUGGAUGAGCCUUUUUGCCUACGUAAUCAUGUAUCUGUUGUUCCUCAGCACCUACACAAUGAUAUUUCUCUACGGAUCAUUGUACUCCCUCAGAUUUUUAGUUGACUACAAGGUCGACAAAGUUGAAUUGCUGACUUACCCGAAACACGGAAUAGGACUUACAGCAGCGCCGACUUCAGAGUCCAAUUACCCGCUAAUCUGGUAUAAGAAUGGAGAGAAAGAGGAUUAUGGGAAGUACGUGCAAGCACUCGACAAACUGCUCUCUAGCAAUAGAAGAAAACGAGAAGUAGGUAAAUUAGGGCCUUGUGGCCAAUCUCCUUACGGUUAUGGGGAAAAACCGUGUGUUAUUGUAAGAAUUAAUAGACAAUUAAAAUGGUCCGGGCAGCCUUUGCUUCCCAAUUCAACGGUUGCCAAAUCUGCGCCGGCUGAAGUGAUACAAUGGAUGAAAACUGAUAAAAGAAAACUUUGGUUGGAGUGCAGGGGGUACCAUGCUUACGAUAAAGAGCAUAUUGGUAAGAUACGGUACUUCCCGGAUCCGCCUGGCUUUGAUCCGGAUGUUUUCCCCCUCGAUCGCACGAAGAAGUCUCCUCUAGUAGCGAUACAAAUAUCUGAUUUCUCCAUGGGCAUCUCGUUGGCUGUAAAAUGUAACUUGUGGUAUGAAGCUGGUCCAUCGACCGUUGAAUUCGUACUUUACGUUGCGCCCCAAGAAAAGUUAGGAAACAAUACACAAGUUAAUGUUAAUGUAUAAAUACUAUU